CAGGAUCAAUCGACAUACUUCUGCUUGUUAAGCUAAACGAUACACGGCUGAGACGCCUAUUGAUCGCACUCCAUUCUUUAAUUCUAUUGCUGUGCACGAUGCUGGAUCAUCUGUCACCAAUCUCAUAACCCCCCAAGAGCUUGAUCCGUCGUCACCAUGCUCGCAACUCUCAUCAGCAUCGCCUUUUACGCAUCGACAGCGCUCACGCUGGCAAUCAUUCUCCUAGCCCCUUCAAGAUAUACACCCCAACCUGCCUCUGGAAAAGAUGGCCCCGAAAACCCCAAGACAACCGUCCAGAUUCUCGUACUAGGGGACAUCGGUCGCAGCCCGCGCAUGCAAUACCAUGCGCUCAGUGUAGCAAGAGGCGGAGGCCAAGUGGACAUCAUCGGCUACCACGAAUCGGAAGUCCACCCCGAAAUCACCUCCCAUCCCCGGAUAUCCAUCGUCGCGCUCCCCCCGCACCCGAUCUUCCUCCAAACAAGCAACAAGCUCCUCUUCCUCCUCUUCGGACCCCUCAAAGUGCUAUUCCAGAUCGGAUGUCUCUGGUGGAUUCUCGCCUACCGAACCAAACCAGCCAAAUGGCUUCUCGUGCAAAACCCCCCAUCCAUCCCCACCCUCGCCAUCGCCUCCCUCACCUGCCUCCUCCGGCAGACCAGCCUAAUAAUCGACUGGCACAACUUCGGCUACACGAUCCUGGCCCUCAAGCUCGGCGACACGCACCCGCUCGUCCGCCUCUCGCAGCGCUACGAGCGAUUCUUCAGCCGAUACGCGACAGCACACCUCUGCGUCACCAACGCGAUGGCCACGGUCCUCAAGCGGGACUUCGGGAUCCGUAACGAUCACGCCGCGAUCUUGCCUCUCCACGACCGGCCCGCCGACCACUUCCAGCCCAUCCCGGACCGCGCCGCGCGCGCCGCCUUCCUCAACUCCCUCCCGCAGUCCGAACCCGUGCGCCCGCUCAUCGCAACCAACGCCCUCCGCGUCCUGGUCAGCUCCACCUCCUGGACCGCGGACGAGGACUUCUCCGUGCUCAUCGACGCCCUGUGCCGAUACUCCUUGCUGGCGCGGCAGCAGCAGAGCGGCGGCGGCAGCGGCGGCGGCGGCGAGGAGCCCACGAAACUCCCUGCCAUCUUGGCGAUCAUCACGGGCAAGGGACCCCAGAAGGAGAUGUACCUCCGGCGCAUUCGGGAGCUGGAAGCGGCGGGGAAGCUGGAGCAUGUGACGAUCCGCACCGCGUGGUUGAGCAUGGAGGACUACGCGCGCCUGCUGGCGUCGGCGUCGCUGGGCGUCAGCCUGCACACCAGCAGCAGUGGCGUGGAUCUGCCCAUGAAGGUCGUGGACAUGUUUGGCGCGGGUUUGCCGGUGGUGGGGUGGAACCGGUUCGAGGCGUGGCCGGAGCUGGUGACGGAGGGGGUCAAUGGGCGUGGGUUCGGCAGCGCGGAGGAGCUGGUCAGCCAUCUUGUGGAGCUGUUUGGGGAUGAUGCGAAGCUGGAAAGGCUGCGUGACGGGGCUCGUCAAGAGAGUGCCCGUCGUUGGGAUGAUGAGUGGAAUCCCGUGGCGGGCAAGCUGCUGGGGCUGUAUUAGUGCCAUUAGCGAUAUAAUAAAUAC